UUAACAAAUCAUAAUUACAAACAUAAUUUGUUUAUGUUCUUUAAUUCAAAACCAUCACAUCCAUUCCGACAAUCUCGCCUCCGUCUGCCUCCAGAAUCACGUCACAUCAUUCUUUCUAUUAACCUGCGUGUAGCAAAUAAAACAUACUACACGCUCAGCGGUGAAGCUGAAGCGAACUUCUCACUAUCUACGUUUAGAUUAACGAGAAGCGAUCAUAAUGGUGAACAUUAUGGAACACGGUUUGCCCAAGUUUUCUCUUCUAGGUUAUGAUGAUUGGAAGAUCAUGAUGGAAGCACACCUUUACGCCCUACAUGAUUGCAUGUGGAUGUACAUUCCAAAGCCCAAGGAGAAAUGGGAUGAUAGAGAUUGCAAGAAGCACAAUUUGGACAACGUCGCCAAAGCAGCCAUCUUCAAGACACUUGAUCCCAUCACCUUCUCCAAGAUCAAGCAUCUAGAGACUGCCAUGGAGAUUUGGCAAGCCACAACCAUGGAAGAAGGAAGAAACCUGGAGAACUACACUGUCCAAGGUCUCCUUGAUGAGCUCAGAACCUAUGAGCACGAGCUGAUGAAGAAGAAGGAAGAACAAGUCACUCCCUUCCCCAAGGCAUUGAUGACAACUCCUAGAGUCCCACCGAGUGAAGGGACAUGCCCAAGGAACUGUGACACACCUUCCUCCAGCCAGCCGUCAAGCUCAAAAAUGGAGAACUAUGAUGAGGAAUUUGCCAUGAUGGUCAAACAAUUUCGGAAGUUCAAGAAGUUCUUCAAGAAAGCUGACUCAUUCAAAAGGCCAUCCAAGGGAAAGCCACAGGUGGAGAAGUACGGAGAAAGAGAAAGGAACGAAAAGAAGAAGAAAGCAAUGGUUGCAGCUGAAAGUGACGAGUCAUCCAGCUCAAGCUCGGAUGAAGAAGCCCUCGUCUGCAUGGAGCGCAGAGCUGAGAAGUCCAACCAUGAGGAUCGGUGGACUAUGUCAGAAGAUGACACUCUCUGCCUUAUGGCCAAAGAUGAUGCCGAACAAGAGGUAACCUCACAAACCUCCUGCUCAUCUUCUUAUGAAAGCAUACCAACUUCUGAAAGUCUUUUUGACAAGUUCAAAAAGAUGAUGAAAGAUUUUGAGGAAAUAAAUCUCAAACACUCAUCCUUAACAGAAGAGAACAAGCUAUUGAGUGAAGAGAAUCUCAAGUUGACUGAAGGUUGGAAAAGUCAACUAGAUGAGAUCACUCAACUCAAGACUGAAAAAAAAUCUCUCUCUGAAAAGGAAGCCGCUAAGUACCCUGGUGUCUGGUACUUAGACAGUGGCUGUUCAAGACACAUGACGGGUGAUGCGAGCCUCUUGAGCAAUCUAAUUCCCUAUGAUGGUCCAAGCGUUACUUUUGGAGGAAGCAAUGACUUUGGCCUUAGUAAAGGUCUAGGAAAUCUGGUGUACAAGGGACCAACCAUCCAAGCUGUAUCUUAUGUGGAAGGUCUCAAUUAUAACCUUCUGAGCAUAAGUCAGUUUUGUGAUAAGGGUUACUCCUUGGAAUUCUACAAGGACAUGGCAUCUCUCAAAAACAUCUCCACAAAUGAAGUCAUUCUUACUGGGAAGAGAAUCAGAAACAUCUAUGAAGUAGUGUGGGACGAUGUCAAGGAAGCUUGCCUAAUCAGCAAAGAUAAGGAUGAAGAAAUCAAUGAUGGAGAUAGAAUGAAGCCUACGGAGUUCAUUCCAUUCGGAAGUCUACCAUUGAAGACUUCACAAAGAAAUCCGGAUUCAGAUGGUGCUGAGCCUACCGGAAAUCUCGGCCAACCUUCCAUUAUUCCGGAUCACUCAAACGGUGACAAUUCUGGAAAAUGCGACCGAGUGCCAAUCCAUCCGGAAUCACCAACAAACUCUGUUCUUCAACCAGAAGCUGAACUAGAUCAACCAGUCAAUCCUAAUCAACACAAUAUUCGUUGGUUAAGGGAUCAUCCUCCCCAACAAGUCAUUCGAGUGUUAUCACUCGAGACUAGCCCGCUAAUUGUUAUUAAAUGUUUUGAUGAUUGGAAGAUCAUGAUGGAAGCACACCUCUAUGCCCUACAUGACUGCAUGUGGAUGGUGCUUGAAGAUGGACCCUUGAAAAUCCAAAUGGAGAAUCCAGAGAGGAAUCCAACCAAUCCAGAUGAAGUCCAAUACAUUCCAAAGCCCAAGGAGAAAUGCGAUGAUAGAGAUUGCAAAAAGCACAAUCUGGACAACAUCGCCAAAGCAGCCAUCUUCAAGACACUUGAUCCCAUCACCUUCUCCAAGAUCAAGCAUCUCAAGGCUGCCAUGGAGAUAAGGCAAGGUCUUGGGAAGUAUUGUGAGGGAUCGGAGGAUCUGAGAAAGCAGAAAAUAGAGGUCUUGCUCGAGAAGUUCAAAAGCUUCAAAAUGCUUCCCGGAGAAUCAUUUGAUAUGUUGGAUGAAAGAUUCCACAAAAUCUUGAAUGAUCUUGCAUCACUUAACCACGUUCUUUCUCCCAAAGAAAAGAAUGUAAGGAAGCCUGGCCACUGGAAGUCAGCAUGCCCGUACCCAAAAGUGGAGAAGUACGGAGAAAGAGAAAGAAACGAGAAGAAGAAGAAGGCAAUGGUAGCAGCUAAGAGUGACGAGUCAUCCAGCUCAAGCUCGGAUGAAGAAGCCCUCGUCUGCAUGGAGCGCAGAGCUGAGAAGUCCAAUCAUGAGGAUCGGUGGACUAUGUUAGAAGAUGACACCCUCUGUCUAAUGGCCAAGGAUGAUGCUGAUCGAGAGAUGAUGGAAUAUUUUGAGGAAAUAAAUCUUAAACACUCAUCCCUAACAGAGGAGAACAUGCUAUUGAGUGAAGAGAAUCUCAAGUUGACUGAAGGUCGGAAAAGUCAACUAAGUGAGAUUACUCAACUCAAGGGUGAGAGUGAAUCUCUUUCUGAAAAGGUGAAAUUCCUCAACAAGGAGCUAGGGUUACUAAAGUCCAAAGAAGCAGUGGAUAAGCUUCUUGAAACGACCAAACAUAAGGGUCGUGAAGGACUUGGUUUUUACCCCUCCAGUUCCAAAAGGAAAGGGAGAACAACUUUUAUCCCUCCCAAACCUACUGCCAAACCCAAUAAGCAGAAAGGUAAGGAGAAUGAGAAACCUAAAGAAGUUCCCAAAAAGAGCAAUCUAAUUCUCUAUGACGGUCCAAGAGUUACUUUUGAAGGAAGCAAUGAUUUUGGCCUCACAAAGGGGCUAGAAAAUUUGGUGUACAAGGGAUUAACCAUCCAGGCUGUAUCUUAUGUGGAAGGUCUCAACUAUAACCUUCUUAGCAUAAGUCAGUUUUGUGAUAAAGAUUAUUCUCUGGAAUUCUGCAAGGACAUGGCAUCCCUCAAAAACAUCUCCACAAAUGAAGUCAUUCUCACUGGGAAGAGAAUCAGAAACAUCUACGAAGUAAUGUGGGAUGAUGUCAAGGAGGCAUGCCUAAUCAGCAAAGAUGAAGAAAUCAAUGAAGAAGAUAGAAUGAAGCCUACGGAGUUCAUUCCAUUCGGAAGUCUACCUAUGAAGACUUCAAAGAGAAAUCCGGACAGUGCUGAGCCUACUGCAAAUCAUGGCCAGCCUCCCAACAUUCCGGAUCACUCACAUGGCGACCAUUCCGGAAAUGGCGAUCAAGAGACAAUACAUCCGGAAACACCAACAAACUCUGUUCUUCAACCAGAAGCUGAACUAGAUCAGCCAGUCAACCCUAAUCAACAAAACCUUCGUUGGUUAAGGGAUCAUCCUCCUCAACAAGUUAUUGGAGAUAUUCAAUCAGGCGUUCGCACUAGGAGUGCACAACAGAAUCUACAAGCCAUGCUUGCUUGUUUCAUCUCAACCCUAAUUUCUUCAGAUCUUCUCACUCAAAUUUCUGAGAAAAUGAAGAUUGUUGGCGCUAAUCUCCAUUUCCAGAAGUUGGAAGCCAAGUGCUCUUCACCAACGUUCUAUCAAUCCUAUCUCGAGAUGAUUGCUGCUCAAGAGCUCUCCGAAUUCCUUCAUAUGGAGAUUCGAUUCAAGUAUGAGAACAAAGUUCUUGAAUUCUACAAGAAUGGAAAGUUCAAGACUGUAAAAUCGAAGAAGGACCCGCAGAGGACGAUUCAAAUCAUCAAUUCCACUGUUGGAGGGACCAAAGUGAAGCUUUCACAGAAGAAAUUGGGACAAAAGCUUCACCUUCCCAAUUCUGGAGUUGAAAUUGGGAGACUUCCAUCCAAGAAUCUGGAUUGGAAUAUGAUUGGAAUUUCUGGGCAAGUUCCCUCUGGCCCAGCAAAGAAAGCUGAUCUGAACAACGACUACAAGCUAGUCCUUGAAUUGGUCAUCGCAUGCCUCGAGUGUGGAAGUGGAGGACAUGCUGAUGACAUCACCCAAGAGAGGGCCUUCAUCAUCAAUGCCCUCAUUACCAAGUCUAAGGUAAAUUGGGCUGCACAUUUCUUCAAUUCCAUCUCAAAACAUCUGGGAAAACCCAACCAGAAAUACCUUUGUCAAGGUCUUUACAUUGGACAUAUUUUGGAGUCCAUGGGUGUUGCUUCUGAAGGAAAGAAGUAUGAAGCCAGAUAUUGGCUAUACUACCUGUCUUCCAAAUGGGAAAACAGAGCUGGUGCUAGCACAACUGCAGAGGAUGAAGCCUCUUCAGACAAUAUUCCCAUCAUAAGUCUGAAGAAAAUAGCCAAGAGGAAACAUGUGGUGUCUCCCUCUCCUAGUGUUGAAGCACCACAGAAUCUUGCUCUGGUCAAUAUGGAAGAAGAAGAAGAAGUUACUGCCCAAGAAGAGCUUCAAAGGAAGAAGAAGAGAAAAAUCACCUCUCCCUCAACUUCUGGAAAUGUCAACCCAGAUGAGUUGAAGGAGAAGGAACCAGUUGAGGAAAACUCUGCCCACAACCAAAGCCCUCAACAACUUGAAGAAGAAGUUCAUCAAGUCCAUAGUCUUCCAACCUCCUCACCUCAAUCUCAAACAGAUGAUGCCGAUAACCAAUUCUGGCAGCUCUACUAUGACUGGAGAGCUUGGAAGGUUGGAAAUUCAGCAGAGCAGUUGUUGGGAUGGGAUCAACAAUUGAAGAAUGAAAAGAUCAUCAAGAAGUGCUUGGGACUGCCAGUCAACCACAGCUGUGAACAAAUCUUGGAUGAUGACUGGGUAUGGCAAAGGAACUAUGAAGACUUGCAUUUGGAAUACUUGGCCACCACACCAGUUUUAGAAUUUGAAGUGGAUGAUGAAGAUCCUUCAGUCUACAAGCCGAUCUUUUCAAAAGCCACAAAAGAUCUGAUGAUUCUCACUUCUAAAGCACAGGCUGAUUUGGAAACAACAGUUGAGGAUUUCCCAAUCUUUCCGGAAACCUCACCUGCCUUUGUAACGGUUUUGCCUGAAGCUGACCAAGAGAAUGUAGCCUCUGCUCCAAUAGAACAGAACCAAGAAGCAUCAGAAGAAGAAAUUCAGCAACCUCUCCAAUCUCAAGUCCUUGAGAUUCGCACAACUCCCUGUGAGAUCUCCAACCAGCGUGAACUUGAGGAGAAAUUCUGGAGCAAAGCUGAAAAGGAAGUUCAAAUGGCACCACUGGGGGCCCCUGAAACUCCAGUAGCUGUUUUUGAAGAGCAGAAUGAAGGUGAAGAAAGAGACUCCCUCUCUAGGGAUACAUCAAAUUUUAUACUUGAUGAAGCAGAGGAAGAAUCUGAAAGGACGCUGGGGAUCAAUAAUUUAGAAGAUGUGCAAGAAGAUGUUGAAUCUCUUCCUAUGCAACUCUUCCAAAGAACAUCCUCUUCUCACCAGAAACACAGCUUAGAUCACAAGGAGAUAAGCAAGUCAAUGCACAAGACUCUAGAGAUCAUCUCUCUAUUGAGUAACUCUGUGAGCGACACAAUGGAGACAUAUGCAUCUGACAGUUAUCUUCAACUCAAAGAAGUGAAUAAAAUCAGAGAGCAAAUAGCAAAUGUCACAGUUGGUCUACAGAAGCAGAUGUCCCUUCUCCAAAUGGACAUCAGAUCAGCCCUAGCAGUGUCUUCGGCAAAUCAGGUAGUAACCAAAGACUACUUGAAGGUUAUUAUUGACAAUCAGAAGGAAGCACACAGACUGUUCAGACACUUAAGCACAAGCUCUGGCAACCGCAAGAUGGAAGUGAUUCUUCAACAACACAGUCCAUCGUGGAUUCUAGAGCUCCCUAUUGUAGUCAAGGAAGGAGAAGUCUCUUAUAUUCCUUCGCAUCUGAACAUGACUGACCUGAUCCUCGAAGUUCAGAAAAAUAAUCCAGAGAACUCAGCACAGCAUCUAUCUAGCUCAGGACUGGAUGGAACAGAGGCUGUUGGAACCAUUGUCUCCCAUUUCUCAAAUGAUGCCCAAACAGAGGAAAGACGCAACAACAUAAGGCGCAUCAAAGAACUGUGUGGAAACAUGCAAGGCAUUAGUGAGAUUGCCGGAUCAUCAAAGCGCAGGAAGCAGUGAAGGCUUUUUUCAUCAAACCAGGGGGAAGUAUGUGAAAACACUAUUUUGCUUUGAUGAAAACACCUUCUUGUUUAAACAUUGCUUGUUUGGUUUAAACAUUGCUUCAAUGUUUCUCUUAAUUAUGCUUACUAUGCUUCACUUUGAGUAUGAUUUUGAGAUUUAUUCCUGAGCGCAUACAUUCAGGGGGAAUAUAAUUCAGGGGGAACU